AUGUCCGGUCCGGAGUUUCUGAACGCCUCGUAUCUUCGGUCGCGAGCGGACGACGUGUGGAGACGAUGUCGUAGUCGUCCGCCUCCUCAGCCUGAACUCUUGAUUAGAGCUUCAGAAAUGAAGAAUGUAUCCCAUCAGAUGAGCAGCAUUUUAGAAAUGCAGUUCUUCAAACAGCUGAGCUCGUCCUUAAUUUUUUUGAACAACAACUUGACUUGGUGCCCAGUGCCUAAGGUUGCGUCGUCGUCGUGGGCGCGCGCUCUGCUUGGUCUGGACCCAGGCCUCGCUCCCGCUAAGCUCUUCCUACAGGCCACGCUCAGGACUCUCACCAGGCCUGUGAAGCCCGAAGCAGUGUCGAAGGCGGUACGUAGCAGUGCCAGCUUCUUGAUCGUACGUCACCCACUGCACAGGGUAGUGUCGGCCUACCGCAACAAGCUCGAGUUGUCGUACGCGGCCCACGACGGAGAAUAUUUCUACAAGAAUUACGGCAGUUUAAUAGUAAACAAGCACCGAGAGAUGGAAGACGUGCAUUUAUAUAAACAGAUUGAGGCACAUUGGGACGAUUUCUCAAAUUCUUUCUUGUCUGUUAGCGGUUCUAAAGAUAAUGCAGCGCAGAUUACUACGAGAGUUAGUUUCAAAGGUGCAAAUAGAACAAAUAUUGAACAGAAAAUCUUCGGAAUUUUAAAAUGGAAACAAGGGAUUCUUGAUUCUAAGAAACUACAUGAAAUUCCUAAGGAGUACCUUUUCCGUGACCCAACUUUCCCAGAGUUUGUGCAAUAUUUGUUAGCAACCGACAUUGAAAAAUACGAUGAACAUUGGAAGCCAAUUUAUCUCUAUUGUCACGUGUGUCAAGUUCGUUAUAAAUACAUAAUUAGUUAUGAGAACUUACAAGAUGAAGUCAGCGCUUUCAUCAAACAUUUAAAAGUACAAGGUAUUUUGGCGCAGAAGUUUUGCUUGUCGAAUGAAAACCAAAGUGGGACUUCGGCUGACGUUGUCCAGAGAUACUUGUCUCUGCUGUCGGCAGAGACGCGACGCAAACUGAAGCAAAAGUAUGAACGUGAUUUCGACCUUUUCGGUUACACAUGACAUAUAUUAUUGAUUAAUGAUUAGUAUUGAUCAAUGAUGGUUUGAUCAUCAUUACUUCUAUCAUGUGAUAAGAGUCCAUGACAUUUUUAAAAGUAUGAUAUAUAGUUAUUUAUUACUGUGAAGUAAAUUCAUAGUGCCAAUUGUUGUCAUUUUCGUAUAUAUAGUGCGAUUAUUAAGUUUGGAGCUUAUUUUUUAUUUUUAUAAUGAGCCCUAAUAAAUUAGGCAUUGAGUGGUGGAAACAUUUGCAAAAAAUUAAAGUUAGCAAAUAUGAAUUGACUGCACAUUUAUUGACCUAUGACGUUGCAGAGGGGGCGCAGAUAAGUUACUGAGCUGAUUUGAGCUUUUAUUUCAAUAUACAUUUUCAUUAUUACACUUUAUCUUAAAAGGACAUUCCUUGGGUUCACAGACUUUCCAUUUGCACCACGCUCUAUUGCAUAGACAUUAAAUGAUAUAAUAAUAAUUAUGCACGUUAUUGAGUUCAUCGACAACUUGAAAUGGUGAAUAACUUGAUGUAUAAAUAGUCAAAAAAAUAAUCUGAAAUGCACAUUAUAACUUGCAUUGAUGUCUGUCAGUGUGAUUGUAUUAUCAGAUUAUAUGAAGAUACAGUACAAUUUCGUGUCUUGUGUUAAUAUAAAAUUAUUCAAUUGUUCAAUUUUGAAACAAAAUUGAAGUCUUGCGGAGAAAAUCUUUAGGAA